UUGAAACUACAUCUGGCACUGUCUCUUAUUCCUCUCUCAUCGUCUGCCAACAAAUCUCAUUUAUAAUCAGCAUCUGCUUGUGAUCAUACUCACCACCUUGUCACACUCAUCGGGAUUUCACUUAAUUUCGAGUACUGAGAGUUGAUGCCAAUCCGUCGAAUGUGGAAGGUGAUAGUAAGGCACCACGUGGUGAUGGGAAAAGACAUGCCAUCACUUAUCAAUGCGACCACUCAUAAACUUGCACCAGGUGGCCAAGUGACCAACUGGGUUUCAGGAGUCAAGCCCAACGAAAUUGGUGAUUUAUUAGAGUAUGAGGCUACUUGUGCGGGGAAGAAGCAAGACAAAGGAAAACCGAGGGAGCCUACAGCUCCAUUCAUGCAGGCACCGAAUCGGAAAUCCUCCAAGCGCAAAGCUAACGAAAUCCUUGUCUUAGAUGAGGUGCCUGCUCAAAAAAAGGCCAAGAUCGAGCCUUCUGCUGCACCUGUUCGCAGUGUACCUGCCAAGCUCAAACGCCAACAAAAUGUGCCAGUGGACACUACGCUGGAGCACAUGAAAGCAUGUGACGCCUAUCGUACAGUUGACUUACCUGCAGCCAUGCAAGCAGACCAGCGCUGGACAAAGAAAUAUCUUCCUACCAUAUUACUGUGGGCUGGAAGUUAUGAAGACAUCUGGGUUAUCCCAGACGAUGUUCUUCUCCAUCACGCUCAGCUUAUUUUCGAUGCAGUAUACAAAGAUCUUCAUAUUGUUCUCGUUCACAAUGGUGUGGUACAUUCGCUUACUGCUCGGCGCAUCUCAGAAUGGCGCAGUAAUUUUGGCUCAACAGCCAUAGCCAUUAUCAUGGACUUCAUGACAUGCACUUCUGACUGUGCUCCUAGCGAUCUAGCAGCAUCUCUUGUCCACAAUUGGGUCUUCGUAUAUAAGGACCCUGAUAGUCCAUCUCCUCUCACAGCUUACCGCUCUCCCUUCAUCUUACAGCUGCUUGGCAGGGCACACUUCAACGCCAUCAAAGGGUAUGUGAAGGUUCCUGCCUUUGACAUGCAUGAGCUUGUGACGAGCGGGAUGCCACGAGUUCUCGCCCUCUCUACUGUAGCGAUCAAGCAUGCCCUUGUGUUGUUCAAAAACAAACAACUCAAGGUUCAGGACGUUUUGUCGUCCGCAUCAUGCAGCAAAGUGGCCAUCAAACUACCGAAGAUUGUCAACAAAUUGACGGAGAAAAAGACCAAUACUCCAUUUUCAUUUUCGGCGACUCUCUGGUCCAAACCAACCAAGGGGUUUAUCAAGUCGAUUUUGAACAAGCCUGCUGGGUAUGUGGAGGCCACCAUAGAAAUGGCACACACAGCAAAUGGUGCCACUGAUAUGCCGUCGAGCGACGAUGAGGAGUGGUACGAGGAUGAGCGAGCUAUCAUUGGAUAUCGUUUUUGUGGCCAUAGCCAUUCAAUUUGCGGUAGUCUUCAUAAUGCAACUUGAACACAUCCACGUCCAUUCGAAAUCGCUCAUCGAGUCA